GUUAAGACGUUAAGUCUUUUCACUCCUUGCAUAGAUAGACCCAGUCGGUCUCUCUCCUUGCUUAUCACCACCACAUACCAACUUACGUACUCAUUCUGGGAUCUCCACCGGGCUCAUCAGUAUCUUGGAGUUGAGUAAACAUUGUCAAGUGAGGUGAAGAGGGAAGCAGACAAACUGUCGCAGAGUUGUCGUAGUUGCCGCGACUUCGCAACUUCCAACAUUAACAACCAACGCUACAAUAAACACUCAGCACUUAGACGUACUGCCUGUUAAUGGAACCUACAAACAAAGAAGUUUGGGACGAUUCCGACCUUCGUCGCUCGUACGAGUUGGCGUUGGAGGAGUACAACAAGUACCACAGUCUUCAGGCAGCAGGGGCGGGGAAAAAGUCACCGACCGAGGUGACCGAAGACAACACCGAACUGGCCGAUGUGUCAGUCACCAAUUCCCCGGAGAAAGCCGAAGAAGGUGAAAUUGAGGACGGCGAAGUCGGUGAUUUUAGCGAAUCACGUGGCACGGAGAAAAGCCAGAAUGCGGAGAAGGUGACAAGUUCACCGACUAAUCUCCCUGGGGGUAACCCUGAGCCCGGCUCGGUUGGAGCACUUCCGACCCCCCCGCCGCCGCUACCACUUCAGGGUCUUUCCUAUGACGAAGCUUACCGCAACCUGCUGAUGAGCUGGUAUUAUGCAGGAUACUACGCUGGCUAUGUUCAAGGAAUACAGACGACCAAUUCCUCAAAAUAAAACAAGAUACCUGUGCUGCAAUGCAAGGAGUUGUAAAUAGGAUGAAAUGUACGCGAGACCAACAGAGAAUCAAGCUGAAGAGCCAAUCAGGCGAUUUAGAACUGAUGCUCAAAAGAUGAAUAAGAAUGGACAAAACAAAAACGGCAUAAUUAUUUAUCUGUAAAACUAAAAUCUCCUGUUUCAUUCAAUAUAAGUGAACAACGGAUACAACAAAAACCAAAAAGACUAUGCACCAAAGUUGCCUUCCGCGCAAAAGAAAGAGCAUUACGUCAAGUGUCUCCCGCCCCGCCGGAACACAAUUAAGCUAACGGACCAAUGGCAGACUGAUAGAAAACACACCGGUACUGCAGAGCAGCUUUACCGAAAAACAUCCCUCGGGCACUUCGCUUCCUGGGUGAAUCAAGAGUCAUCUCGAGCGACAAUCCCAUAGUGUGAAAGUAGAAGAAAAACUAGCUUCUGAGGCCUUAGUCUAUACGACCUCUAUAAGAUAAUCUAUCAAUCUCUUCACAAGCGCUCCCCCU